AUGGCCGCUGCAAACGUUAAUCCAAAUGAUUUCUCAGCCCCUUGGAAGUUUAGCGAUGUUGUCCUCGUUGUUGAAGAUCAAAAGUUUCACGUUCAUCGAAGCACCUUGGCAUACUGGUCCCCUGUGUUUGAGAAAAUGUUCUUAUCGGAUUUCAAGGAGAAGAGUAACGAUGAAAUCCCUCUUCCAGGGAAGAAGGCAAGCGAAAUCAAACACUUGCUUCAUAUGAUGUAUCCUUCCUUGGAGGUGAAACCAUUCACAAAGAGUAACUGUUACUUUCUGUUUGAACUUGCUCAUGAAUAUCAAAUAGAGUCCAUUGCUCAAAAGUGCGAAGCGUUAAUGGUGUCUAUGGUUAAACAAAGAACAGAGGAUGACGUUCUAGCAAUGUUAAUUUAUGGGCAGAAGUACCAGCUAAAAUCACUGAUAUCGACCUGUAUCUCUGAGGCUCGGCGAUUAACAUUGAAGGAACUAAAGCAGCACAAACGGCGUGAAGAGGUUGAGCCAGACAACUAUCUACAGAUUGCUGAGGGAAUUAUUCAGCGACUCGAGAGGCAGUGUGAGGAAACAAAAAGGGAGAGUCUGAAACAUCUGAAAAACGUUAGCCAAAAUCUGUAUACCCAUGCUAGAAAUAAAGGCACAGUAAGUUAUCUUUAUAAUAGUAGCCAAGAGACGACUGAUAAUUGGUUGUAUCGUUUAAAAUCCGACACUAGUGUGUCAAACACUAAUUGCGCACCCCUAAAUUACAUAGCUUCAGAAUUAAUUGCUCUUAAGGGCAGAAUAGAUACCCUUCCUAACAUUGCUUUUUAG